GUCACCACUUCCACAACAACAAGAAGCUGAAAAACAAGGAAGUGAAUGAUCGUGUUUGAAAGCCGUAAGCUCCUGUUAAAUAAAGGCCGUGACAAGACAACGCAGAGCUCCCCGCUUCUGAUCUCAGACUCCUCCAAGGCUCCGGACCGGUCCAGAACAAUGAACAACAAAGGUUCAUAUCCACAGCAGGCUGUGUACCCUCAGCAGAGCACUGCACCUGUAUACCCUCCUGCUAUGCAAAUGUCUCCUCAGGCACCUCCUUACACAGACACACCACCUGCAUAUUCUGAGAUAUACCAGCCCAGAUAUGUGCUUCCACCUCAGGUGCCUGGUCAGUUGCCUCAGAUGUCCUCUCCCUACCCUGGUGCUCAGGUGUUCAUGCCCAUGCAGCCACACAUGUCUGUUGGCCCAGUGGGCCAGAAUGUCCCCAUGGCUUACUAUCCCAUGGGAGCCAUGUACCACCCUGGUUCAACAGUGAUGGUGGAGGGCGGCUUUGAUGCUGGUGCUCGCUUCACAGCAGGCAGCAGUGUUUCCAUCCCACCCCCACCUCCUGGACAUCCCCCCAACGCAGCUCAGCUGGCUGCCAUGCAGAGUGCCAACGUUGUAAUGACACAGCGCAAGAACAACUUCUUUCUGGGUGGAUCCAGUGGAGGUUAUACCAUCUGGUAACAGCAAGUCCACGACUCCUCCCUCAUGCCUAAACCGUGUCCCCCAUCCUAAAUGAUGCCCCAGUUCUUCUUCCCCCAUCCCAUACGCCUCCCUCUUCAGGCUGCUUGGCCAUGCCACAAUACUGAUAUCACCUAACGGAAUGUAAUAUUUUAGAGCCCUUGUGAAAGGUACAGUACUCCACUUCUGACCUAGAGAUCAAAUGAUGAAUGCCAUUGCCUGGAGAGGACAAAUGCAAAUUUUUAAACGUCGUAGAAUUCAUUCCACGAUUCGUCAUCGGGUCUAACCCUCUUUGGUCAUUCCAGAUUGGGCCUCUUGCAGGCAUCUGUAUUUGUUUUAAGAGACCUGGUCUCCUUCGAUCAGACGGAUCACAAUUUACAUCGAGAUGUUCUUGUAUACCUGUAAAGCUACGUAAAUGAAUUGUUGAAAUAUCCGACCCGCAUUCUAUAGUUUAGCUGCUUUAUGGUGAAAGUGAAAUGCAGUUACAAAGUUGCAGUGAAAGCGCAAAAAAAAAAAAGAAAAAAGAAAAAGAAAAUCUCCACUUGUCUUUUUUUUGAAAACUUUUAGUGUAGUUUAAAUUAAUAGAUGUGUAAUAGUUCCAUGUAAAUAUCAGUAUGAUGAUCAUGAGAAAUUACAUCUCUACUAUACAGGAAAAAAAAAAGAAGAAAAGAACCAAGCAUCUCGGAUGCUUUUAGCUAGAAUUGUCUUGUCCUUUGCACAAUAUCCAAAAUACCGCGGCGAAUUUGUUGCACAGUGAGCUGUCUUUAUCCGACAGAUCGUUAUAUUUAAAUCACUUGUAAAUCUAAAUAAAUUUAAAAAGCAAAUAAUUCAAGAAAAAGAAAAAAGAUUUCAUGCAAUAUCCAAAGUGGUUUACUGUACCUUGUUGGGCAACUUGUAGAUGAACAUAGUCAAGUGCCAAAGAGCACUGGGGAUAGCCCUAAUUUAAAGCAAAUUAACUUCAGUAAACUUAAAGGAAAGAAAUUAAAGUAAAUCCAAAUAGUAAGUUGAACGGCAAGGGGUGGUUGGUGUAACAUUUUAGCUUUUUGUUUUGUUUUUUUGUCUCCUGUUUCUAUUUCACAGUCGGAUACCCAGAAUUUAUACACUAAAUGUUUUAUUGUGCAGAUUUAAAGAUUGUUUCCCUUUUUUGUCUUUCUACACAGUAUAAUUUGGUAAAGUAUUUAUUCACUGUAGAAUAAAUGUCACCUUUGUGAUAGCAUUAGUUUUUAGGCAACAUUUUUCAAAUGUCGAGGAGACGACUUUAUUAAAUAUUUCAGUGUUUCUGUUUUCUUUCAUUCCUUUUUUUUUUCCUGCAUCGAGGUGAUCUACAUGAGUAGUUAGGCUAAUAAAUUUUGUUUUUAGUAUAACCAAUGAUGCUGGUUGUACCAAAGAUUUGGUCUACAAUGCACUUAUGUUUGGUUGUGACUUUGAAAAAUUAAAAAAAAAAACAACAAAAAAAGGUCACAAUUUAAAAGCAAACAUAUCAUCGAUUUCUUGAGAUUGUUGGUACCUAGACCUCCAGUCUCGACAUGUUAGUCAAUGUGUUAAUGUCACUUUACGUGAGUCGAUCGCAUAUUUUAAGUCGUUGCAUACUUUUGCACCUUUUUGCUAUGUACAAAUUUGAGUCAACACUUUUUAUCUGAGAUGCACUGCUAAGCAAAUCCGAGUGGUUGCAGACAAGGGGCUACACUCUCUUUUUUUUUAAUGUUUUUAUUAUUUUGUUUUCAUGACUUUUUAAAAGAAAGCUGUGAGAUUUUUAAACUUUUUUUUUUUUUUUUUUAGAUGGUAAAAUUCAUGGAGUCUAGAAAAGUAACGUCAAGGUGUGUCGUGUUGUUCGGUAGCCUGAAAGUGUAUGCAAACAUUGCAAUGAGGCUAUAUCACUGUCAGCGUAAUAGAAUUAAAAGAUUUUUUUUAGUUCUUUAGAAUCUUUACAUAAUACGUUAUCUUGCAAACUUAAGGUAUCUGAAACUAGGUAAGUCGGUAGAGAUGCCAUAAACGUAUACUUGUAGAUAUUCUUCUUUUUUUUUGGUGUCUGGUAGCGUCAAUGUGUCACUGGGUAUCCGACCUAACCAUAUCAAGUUUUAACAGCUGUGGCCGCCAGAAAAACAGAACACGCAGUUGCUGUCGACCGAGACCCGAGUGGUUUCAGCAGAAAAAAAAUUAAUUCAGAAAGAGCAGCUGUCUGGAAACGUGCUACGUUCGAGUGAUGAACCUUCUUCUUCUCAGCAGCACACACACACACACAAAUCUACUAACACCAGACAUGGCUGUUGUGUUUUUAAACAAAGAAAAUAUGGCUCAGUAUUCAGUUAUUCUCACGUUUCAUACAGCCUUUGCUGUAGGGAAGAGGAGGCCACAGCUAUCAAAGCUUUUAAAAUAUGAUUCAAACAAAUGUUUUCUUUUCUUUUUUUAAUUCCAUCUCUGCUCUGAUUGUUUGUAAAAGCAGCAUAAUGGUGGCUUCGUCCCAGCAAUAUGAAGUACUGUAAACUACAGCUGACCAGUAGAUGCUAUGCCAACCACAGCCAGCAAAUGGAUUACCCUUUGUUGAAGGAUUAUGGACAUUUAUAGUUCAGGGAUUCUCUUUACAAUAUUUUGUAAAAAUAGAUGUAUGUACUAAAGUGAUGUGAUAGGCUUUGGUACACAUUCUAUCUUUUAAGAUUACUAAAGGAGAUGAGUGUCAAAGAUGGAAUACUUUGAGAAAAAAAAAAGGAACUUAGGUGCACUUAACUUUUUUAUACUAAACUUAAAAUUUAAAAUGUAAGUUUAGAAUAAAGGUUAUUUUGGAAAUUUGAAUUGCUGCAUGUUUGUUUUUAAUUUGAUUCACUUGUAUGAUGUAUUAGAAGAGGGCAGGGUUUGUCUGGGGGUUUGGUUAUUGUUGUGUUUAUAGCUUAAAUGUUGUCUUUUUUUUCCCCCCACCACCAGACUGCAUCACAGGUAAACUGAUUUGUUUGAGUGGUUUCUACUUGACUUGGCCUUCAUAUACUUCUAUCGCUAAAAGAUUUUUUUCUGUCAGAGAUCGCCAACAUUAAGUCAGUAUGCGUACUGUAUGAAAGAACCAGGAAUCUCAACCCAUUUCUCACUUUGAUAUAAAGGUAUUGAGUCAAA